CCCCGGGAGCCGCGGGCAGCGGCAGCGGCAGGAGGGGUCGGGUCUCUCGGGCCAUAAGCGCAGCGUGUGGCGCGCAGCUUGCUGAGGGGGGAGGCCGGCGGAGCGCCGGGCGCAGCCCCGCAGGCGCUGAAUGGAUUUUUUUCCACCGGUGGCUCCUGUGGUGGCACCUACUAAAUUUUCUCCUGGUUCCCAGCUGAAAUACCAGAAGGACAACUUUCAGCAUGGAUUCAUAAUUGACAAAGAGGAAAGUUUAAAAGAUCUCUAUGCACAAAAGAACCAAAGAUAUUCCUAUUCUAUGUCUGCAGAAAGCACUCAGGACAAGCCCAGGCAUGGAGGCUUCCGGUCAGGUGGACUAGAGAGCAAGUAUCUCAUCAGCCAGGCCUGUACUCUGUCAGCUAAAUCGUUAGGCAGACAUAAAGAAGGAGUGGACCGUGCAUAUCCCCUGCAACCAAUUUCUCACCACAAGAGUGCAAGAGAUCCACUGCUCAGCACUGGAAGUUCCCCCCACAUGCAGGAAGCUCCAAAUAGUAGAUCAAGCUCAAUAAGCAAAGAGAUGGUUCCAGCCGGGAGAUCUCAGUUAGCUGCACUGCUCUGCCCUUGGACACAAGAGCCUGAACCAUCAGUUCCCCAUCUAUACAGGAGAGAGCUGGCCUACAUCCUAAAGCUGGAGGAAGAUAGAAAGAACUUAGAAGAGGCAAUUCAAAAGAAAAAGGUCCUUCUUGGAGAAAAGCUAAAGAGGACAGAGGAGACACUUAGGAGGAUUCAAAGAGAGAAGGAGCUUAUCAAGGUAGAGGAGAGAAGAGAAAGUGAAGUGGAAAGGACCUAUGAGCAAAAGGCCACAAGGCACCCUGAAGAGAAAACUUUCAGAGCUGCAGACACGCCAGGUGUUGGGAUCUUCAGCGGAGCACAGUCUGCAGCGGACACUAUCCCCAAGUCUGGCACCGCUCCCCACCCCCAAGAGCUGGCUGUGGGGAACUUCAAGGAGUGGCUGGGGGCCACAAAAUACAACAAAACAAACAACAGUGAAAUACAAGACAACAUACCCAUGGAGCAUUUAGCUUCUUGUUCAAAACUGGUCCCAAAACAGAGCCUUUCUCUCUCUGCCCUCUCAAACCGAGAUUCUGAUGACCACGCAUCUGCAGAGAUGUCACACAUGCAGGCCGCCAGUGUUGUGGAACAGGAGGGCUUUGGACAGUGCAGCUUCUGCAAACGUAAGUUUCUCUGCACGAGGCUUGAGAAACACAUGAGUAUCUGUGGCAAGAACCAAGACUCCAAGAGGAAGGUGUUUGACUCUAGCAAGGCUAGAGCUAGGGGAACAGAACUGGAACAGUAUCAGCAGCAGAAGAGCUCAAGGAGUCCUCAGAGUAAAACACCACCCAGAAAGAACAACUGGAAACAGAAGCACGAGGCUCUCAUCCACAUCAUGUCACAGGCCCGCCAGGUGGAGCGAAUCCUCUCUAAGGAGAGGAAGGUGUCUGGCCUGCCCCCAUUGCCUCCCAUCGAAAAUCCAGACUAUGUUGCCUGCACCUACUGUGGACGCAAGUUUGCUCCCCGAGUAGCUGAGAGGCAUAUUCCCAAAUGCAAAAACAUAAGGAAUAGGCCCCCACCUCCACCACAGAGGAGGCGCUGAUGAGGCAGUGUCCAGCCGUAUCUGAUGCUGUGAUUCCCUGCCUGGUUUUUGCCAGAUUCACAGUUACGGACAUUUCCGUAGUCUCAACACUGGCUGCAAGCUUCUAUGUACAGCAAGUGAACAGCUCAGGAUGAAUCAGCUGAAAAACAGAACUUGUAUACUUUGACCUGCACCCUAAGUUGCCCCCCAAAAGAUGCCCCUUUCCUCAGCACAAGAAGCUCAGGAUCAGAAAUUACAGGGGUUACAAAAGCUAGCAAUAGCAGGCACGUACUGUUUAAAUCCUUAUGUCAACUCAUGUGCAUAGAACAAGGAUACUGUGAAUCAGCCAGGCCCUUGAGGCAACAGAACAACCAUCACAAACAGAUUUAAUAUUUUAAAAAAUGGAGUUUUCUUCCUGCAAGUUGCUAGGAACCUCUAAAAGCAAAGCUUUCACCCUUCCUUAAGUCAUCUGCUUAUUUCAUCUUGGUUGCUGCAAUGGGAGGGAAUUAUGACAAAAACAUAUCCCUUCUUUUGUUUUCUUCUCAAGAUGUUAUUUUUUCUAGAG